CUGGAUCAGUCCAACAUCAACACGGCCUACGUGUCCGGCAUGGAGGAGGAGCUUAACAUCCGGGGCAACGAGUACUCCUUGUUUGGCACCUUCUAUAACAUCGGCUACCUGAUCUUCGAGAUUCCCUCCAUGAUGAUCAUCUCACGUCCCAAGCUGACGCGCUGGUACCUGCCGACAAUGGAGACGGCCUGGGCCGUCUUGACCUUUGCGCAAUGCCGGCUCUCGAGCGUCCCGCAGAUCUUUGGCCUCCGCUUCCUCCUGGGUGUGCUUGAGACACCGGCGGCCACGGGAUCCAUGUAUUUACUGUCGAGCUGGUACCGGACGGACGAGCUCUUUAAGCGGGCCGGCGUGUGGUACAUCUCUUCCAAUGCCGGGUCCAUGUUUGGCGCCUACCUGCAGGCGGCCGCCCACACCAACUUGGACGGCGUCGGCGGCAUGUCAGGCUGGCGCUGGCUGUUCAUCAUUGACGGUGUCAUAUCCUUACCUAUCGCCCUGGCCGGCUACUUUCUGUUUCCUGGACUCCCGACGAGUCCUCGCAUCUGGUGGCUGACAGAGCGCGAGCAAAAACUGGCGCAGGCGCGCAUGCGGGCCGACCGUGUCAGGGAGAGCACCAAGAUCGGCAAGCGUAUGCUGAAGCGGGUCUUUGGGCACUGGCACUUCUACAUCGCUGUCCUGACUUAUAUUCUAUUUCAAUGCACCACGUACGUCUCCGGGCAAAUGACGCUCUGGCUCAAAGAUGAGGACUACUCUGUCGAGCAGAUCAAUGUCUAUUCGACCGGAGUUCAAGGGACCGCAAUCGCCAUUGGCAUCAUCGCCACGAACCUCGUUAUGGUUUACCCCAUCUGGGUCAUCCUCUCCAUCAUUUCAGGCACGCUGCUAUUUUGCAACGUUUGCCUCCUUGUAUGGAAUAUCCCGCUUGGCCUGCACUUUACUGUCUACUACCUGCUUGGCUCAACAUCCGCUGUGACCCCCAUCCUCUUCCCAUGGGUGAACGUCAUUAUGAAGAAUGACAACGAGGCCAGAGCCUUCACUACGGGCGCAAUGAUGACCUUUGGCUGGAUCUUUUUCUCCUUCUACCCUAUUACCGUGUUUCCCAGGCUAGAAGCGCCGAGAUGGCGGAAGGGCUAUACCGUCAAUACGGUGUUUACCUGCUGCUACUGGGCGCUCCUUAUCGUUGGGCAGCUACUAUGGCACCGUGACCGGAAGAAGAGAAAAUACGUGACCCAAGGCAGUGAUGAAGCAGAGAAACUUCGCUUGGAGGACAAGGAAAAGAACGCUGCAAGCACACAGCAUGUCGAGAGAACGCUGGGUGCAACCAAUUAG